AAACCCUCUUUUGCCUCUCUCACACAUAGACACACGCUGAAAUUCUUCCUCUCAUAUAUACGAACUCACGUAACCUAGUACCUUCCUUUUACAACGAUAGUACGACGUACAUAGAUUUUUCGGAAUCUUGUGAAAAACAUUUUUAUUAUCAUUGAUUGAUUUGUUUUGAUGGACUUCUUCAAAUCAGUAUUCUCAGAAGAUCAAUUUCCGACAUCCCCCGAUCACAAUCCCGAUGUAACUCCGACCUCGCCGUCGAAUUCGGAUUCGAAUUCGAAUUCGGAUUCCCCUCAAUCUCCAAACCCGGAUGAUAAACCCAAAUUCCCAUCCAUCGCAAACUCCUGGACGACUUUCGGGUCAUCCCUUUUGAAGACCGUCGCGACGAAAUCGGAGUCGGUGAUCGGGAAUUACCGCCGGGAUCUCGAGGAGUUCAGUUCCGGGUUGAGAAAGGAAACGGCGAUUAUCCGUGAAGCCGCCAGCCGCGCCGUCAAGGACUUGCCGGGUCGGCUUGAAUCCGGCGCCGCCGUUGCUCAAACGUCACUUGAAUCUGUCGGCCAGGCUAUCGACAACAUCGGUGGAGCCGUUUCUGAAAUCAUUGUUCACGGUAAAGACUCGAUUUUUAACUCGGCUGAUGAUGUAGAUUCUGAUGUUGAAUUUGAAACUGGUAGUAAUAAGGAUAAGCAAAAUUUGAAGCCUUACAAUAGACUUGAGGCUGUGAUUAGGACCGUACAAUGUGAUAUACGAACUUAUUGUGAGGAGCCAGAAGAGGCUGGGGAGUAUUUAGAGUGGAAAAAGGAUUUUGUUUUGGAGGAUUUGGGUGGGGAAAUUGAGGAUUUGGUUAAGGAGAAUGAAGUUAUUGGUGAGAUUUAUGAUGAGGUUGUGCCAGGGAAGGUUGAUCGGGAGACAUUCUGGACUAGGUACUUUUACAAAGUUUACAGGGUUAAAAAAGCAGAGGAGGCUAGAAUGAAGCUGGUGAAGAGAGCUAUAGAGGGAGAAGAGGAGGAGGAGUUGAGUUGGGACGUUGACGAUGACGAAGAACAGGAUGAGAACAAUGGGAUCAAAGCGAAAGAGGCAAUAAAUCAAGGGGUUGAAGAAAGUGAGAAAGAAGUGGGGAGUUUACGGCCUGAUCAUGAUGAUAAACCUAGUGCUUCUAAGGUGAGGAGUGAAGCCGGAGAUGAGGAGCAGGGGGUUGCAGAAGGAAGAUCUGAAGAGAAUGAUUUGAGUGGUGAGAAGUUGGAGUCAAAGAUGGAUGACAGGGGGAGCAGCUCAGAAGGGAGGAAUGACAAUGUUAGCGAUUUUUCCGUAGUUUCAAGCCAACCAUCAGAAGUAGAUAUAGGGUGGGAUGAGAUUGAAGAUAUUGGAAGCGGUGAUGAGGCAAAGCUACCUGUGCAACGCAGUCCUGAUACAGUUGAUCUUCGUAGAGGUUUGAUUGUUGCUGCUGACGAAGAGGAAGAUUUGCCUUGGGACAUUGAGGAUGACGAUGAUGAGCCUGCUAAGUCAUGAUGAAUUGAAUCUGUCACCAUUAUCGAGUGAGACUAUCACUUCAGUUGCUUAUUCAGAAUGUUAAUUGUUUCUAGCUGCAUAUUUGAGGAUCAAGACUUUCAUUUUCUUUCCUCAUCUUGGAUACAGCUAUCUUAUUAUUUGUGACUGCUGUGUUUACUCUCUCUCUCUCUCUCCCAGUUGAAGUGUAUGUAUUAUUGGUUUUUGUGGGAGACAAAGUUAAUGUGAUUAUACAAAGAUAUAACUUCAAAUAAUCGUUUCUUGAAUCAGACAGGUUACUUAUGAGUAGUUCUGGUAUUUUUCACUCCUUUCUAUCCAUAGAACUACUUGCUGCUACUGAAAUUUGUUUGGUUUUUUCUUUUGUGCGUGUGGUAGUU